UAUUCCCAACCCAACAAUCUUCCUCUUUCACACAAUUUCAGAUCACAAACUCAACCAAGCACCUUCACCAUGGCCAUGGCAAGCCAAGCCACUCUCUUCACCUCCACAACGCUCACCACCCCAAACCACAACAACCCAUCACUCCUCCCAUGGAAACAACCCUCAAUCUCAACACCCUUUUCUCCCAAAACUCUCAAGCUCGCCACAUCCCAACGCUCAAUUAGAGCAGCAGCAGCAGAUGGAAAAACAGAGGCACCAACAGCAGAGGCUCCAGUAGGGUUCACCCCACCCGAGCUCGACCCGACCACCCCAUCCCCAAUUUUUGCUGGAAGCACUGGUGGGCUAUUGAGAAAAGCCCAAGUGGAGGAGUUUUAUGUGAUCACAUGGGCCUCACCAAAAGAACAGAUCUUUGAGAUGCCAACCGGGGGUGCAGCCAUUAUGAGGGAGGGUCCGAACCUGCUCAAAUUGGCUAGGAAAGAGCAGUGCUUGGCAUUGGGUACUAGACUUAGGUCCAAGUACAAGAUUAACUACCAAUUUUAUAGGGUGUUCCCUAAUGGAGAGGUUCAGUACUUGCACCCAAAAGAUGGUGUCUACCCAGAGAAGGUGAACCCUGGUCGUGAAGGUGUGGGUCUGAAUUUGAGGUCCAUUGGAAAGAAUAUUAACCCAAUUGAAGUCAAGUUCACCGGCAAACAAGUCUAUGACUUGUGAGGUGAGUGAUGCUUUAUGUAAUUUGUGUGUAUGCAUGUGAGUAUUUACCAUUUACUGAAGUUUAUGUUGUAAUUUUUAAUUUGUAAUUUUCUUUGAACAAGCUACAUGAGAUUGUUAUGAACUCUUGUUUAUGUCGUACUGGCCAUCAUAUUGUGUGAGAAUUGUUGUUGGUGCUCA